AUGAAGUCACUGCAGGGAAACGAAAGCAGUGAGAACUGUGUUAUAAACACAGUCCAGUUACUGCAGCUGGACUCAACAUCCAGCUUGAAGCUUCUCCAGGUGUUCUUAGAGGAACUGCCACCACUGCAGUCAUGGCUUCCUCCAGCAGUCUCCUGUCUGAAGAUCAGCUCUUGUGCUCCAUCUGUCUGGACGUGUUCACUGAUCCAGUCUCUACUCCAUGUGGACACAACUUCUGCACGGUCUGUCUCAAAGAGUGCUGGGACAGCAGUUCAUGCUGCCAGUGUCCAGUCUGUAAAGAGGAAUUCUCCAGAAGGCCUGAGCUGCGUGUGAACACGUUCAUCUCUGGACUGGCUGCUCAGUUCAAGAAGUCAGUUCAAGUCAAAUCCAGCAGAGCUCCAGAGACACCUGCCAAAUCUCAGGUGCUCUGUGACAUCUGCUGUGAAAAGAAGAGUCCCGCUCUGAAGUCCUGUCUGAUCUGUAUGGCUUCUUACUGCAAUACUCACCUGGAGCCUCAUCAGAGAGUUUCCGCCUUUAAGAGCCACAAAUUGAUGGACCCUGUGGAGAACCUGGAGGACUACAUCUGCCAGAAACAUGACAGACCCCUGGAGCUGUUCUGUAGAGACGACCAGACGAGUGUGUGUCAGUUCUGCACUGAAGGAGACCACAAGAAUCACAGCACGGUUCCUGUAGAGGAGGCGAGGGGAGAGAAGAAGACUCAGCUGGUAAAGACACAGGCAGAAGUUCAGCAGAUGAUCCAGGACCGACUGAAGAAGAUUGAAGAAAUCAAACACUCUGUAAAACUCAAUAAGAAAAUCUCAGAGAAGGAGAAAGCAGAUGGUGUGGAGGUCUUCAGAGCUCUACUGUGCUGCAUUGAGAGAAGCCAGGUGGAGCUGCUUGAGGUGAUGGAGGAGAAGCAGAAAGCAGCAGAGAAGCAGGCUGAAGAGUUCAUUAAAGAGCUGGAGCAGGAAAUCACUGAGCUAAAGAGGAGAGACACUGAGCUUGAGCAGCUCUCCCACACUGAGGACCACCUCCACCUCCUACAGGUUUACCCGUCCCUCUGCAGCCCUCCACCCACCAAGAACUGGACAGAGGUCAGGAUUAACUCUCAUCUGAGGGCGGAGACUCUGAGGAGAGCUCUGAGUCGGCUUCAGGAAGAGAUCAGUAAGGAGAUGGAGAAGUUUGUGGUGAUUGAACUAAAAGCAAUUCAACAAUAUGCAGUGGAUGUGACUCUGGAUCCUGAUACAGCAAAUCCCUUCCUCAUCCUGUCUGAUGAUGGGAAAAGAGUGACACAUGGAAACAAACAACAGAAGCUUCCUAAAAACCCAAAGAGGUUUGAUCUUUGUGACUGUGUUCUGGGAAAGGAGGGGUUCUCCUCAGGGAGAUUUUACUAUGAGGUCCAGGUCAGCGGGAAGAUGGAGUGGGAUUUUGGAUUGGCCAAAGGGUCUAUUAGGAGAAAGGGUGAUAUAACACUGAGUCCUGAGGAUGGAUACUGGACUGUGAGUCUGAGCAAUGAGACUAAAUAUGAGGCUGUGGAAUCUACCUGUGUCCCCCUCUCCUUGAAACAGGCUCCCCAGAAGGUGGGGGUGUUUGUGGAUUAUGAGGAGGGUCUGGUCUCCUUCUAUGAUGUUGAGGCCAGGUCUCAUAUCUACUCUUUCACUGGUCAGUCUUUUACUGAGAAACUCUAUCCAUACUUCAGCCCCUGUGAUAAUGAUGGAGGUAGAAACUCAGCACCGCUGAUCAUCACACCCGUUGAUCAUCAUAAAUGAGGCUUUUACCUCCGAAAAUCACUUUAUUCCAGAAUAACAACUUCUUCUGAAAAGUACCUCCGACUUUCUGUGAUGGGAAAAGAUGGCGCCGGUGUGUGUCGGCCCCCGUCUCCCAGCUCUAUUAAGACUAAUGCUUGUGGUGUUAUUGCUCAUUUUUCUGUGCCAAGAUGUGUCCGGCUUAUUUGUAUAUGAUCGCCAAGCAUUUUUCAAUGUCAGAAUUUCUUAUGACUUGUGGCUAAAACAGAACUUUGAGGAACAGACAGUUCUCCCUCCUCACCUGGUCACUGUCCCGGCCUACCUGUGGCGUGCUCCUGCACCACAGGGGAAGAAGAGCACCAGAAAGCGCGGUAAGCGAGGCGGCGUUCUGCUCAAACUGAAAGCCCCUUGGAGACAUACUCUUCCCGAGUACAUUCCUGGAUGUCCCGCGCCCCAGCGACCACCUGGAAUCCGAUGGAUUCUGCCUGUUUUCCCAGCUCCACCUGUAGCGGGCCGGCGCCACCUGCCACUGGAAACGCCGCCGAGCAAACCCUGUGCUGGCCACUGCCACGGCAGCGUGGAUCUGGGCUGCCUCAGGGAGCUGGGACGCUGUUCUUCACCUUCGUCUGAGUUGAUGAUGCAGGACUACUGUCCCAAUUCAAGUCCUGAUGAACUGCUCUCUCUUUUUGAUUCGACUUGUAUGCAUAUACUGGACUCUAUGGCCCCUCUUGCAUUGAGCUGCGCCAAACCUGCAUUAGAGCCAUGGUUAAAUAAUCAUACUCGAGAACUCAGAUGUGUAUGUAGACGCGCUGAGCACAAAUGGGAAAAAAGAUCGUCUUCAGGCAUCAUUACAAGUGUUAAACUGCGUUAGAGAAUACCAAAAGGCUGUUACAUCUGUAAAAAGUUACUAUUACUAAAUCUUGUCCUAAAUAAGUCACAAACCUCAGUUUCUUUUUAAUCCUCUUAAUUCUCUUUUAAACCUCUGUGAGUCAAACAGUGCUGUACCUUCUUUUAAACUCUGUGAAUGUUUUUUGAAUUUUAUUAUUGAUAAGAUAUCUAGUGUCAGACUGCCCCCUUCGCCUGGUGCCAUAGACCCAUCUUUCGCUCCAUUGUGUUCUGCUACUUUUGAAAAUUUAGAGCAGGUGUCUGUUUCUUGCUUGACAAAAAUAAUUAAACAAUUAAGACCA